GAGUGGGAAGUGGAAUCAACUUUGAACACUGCCACACACUGCGUUUGCGCUGCCUACGCACAUCGCACAAAAACAAAAGAUGCUGAAGAAGAAGCAGCGAAGCAAGACUUGCACUUGAGUUGCUAUAGUACCUGUUUGGUCCUGUUACUACAACAGAACAUAUUCUCGAAUCUCAUUUUACUAGUGAUUGGUAGUGAGCUUUUCGAUCGGUUUGUUGGACAACCUCGGUUUGUUUUGCAUGCUUUUCUAGUCAAUUAGUGUCAUUGUGCUGUGUACUGUGUAUUGUGUAUUGUGGUAGGGCAGGACUUGUGUUUAGACGCAGAAGCAAUUAUCAACUUUUAUUGAGUACCUUCCUAAAAAGGUAGUUCAAAAAUGGGGCUGUCCGGUAGUCGCUUGGAACCCCAAGAAUUGAUAACAUUCAAAAAACUACCAACCAAUGUGUCCCUGGAAAGCAUCGAGAUACCAGAAAGUCCCAAAAACCGAAGACCAACAAAUGUUAAAUGGCUGGUAAUCUUGGGUAUUUUCAUUGCAGUUUUUCUUCCGUUCUUGAUUUACACUAUGUACUAUGUCGACUUGAAACGAAUCCAAGUUGGUUACGAUAAAUGCGGCAACGUUUGUGGCAAAAAGAACGCGGAAUGGAGUGGAAUCGAGUGUUCCGGAAAGAAUUUCACAAAUUUACCCUAUAUGCAAUAUGAAGGCUACUCUAGAAAUCAGCUUGUGCAAUUAGAUGUCGACUUUAGAGAACGCCGAUGCGUGGCCAGCUGUGACAGUGGACACCACGUUUUUGAGGAUGUAUGUGUCAAAGACAGGGACAUUUCAGACUAUUUUGUAGAUGACAUCGGUUUUGGUACUUACAUGCACAGCGUGAAAUGGCAAGUUAUUGUUUGCUGUUUAAUUUCAAUUCUAAUCUCAAUGGGCAUGGUAUUUCUUUUCCGUUACGCUGUCCGAUUUGUAGUCUGGGGUAUCCUCAUUGGCAGCCUAUUAGCUUUCACCGUCCUAGUUAUUGGAAUUUGGGUUCUUUAUGGGAAUAUGUCAGACACUGGGAGAGACAAUGAUCCACGUUAUCAGGUGUUAGGGUUUGCUAUUGCCUUAACUAUUCUGGUAAUAGGUCUGGCAAUUGUCUUGAUUUGGUGCCGCAAAAAAGUCCAUCUAGUAAUUUUGCUCCUUAAAGAAGCUACUAAAGCUGUCUUUGAUAUGCCUGGACUUAUUGCCAUACCAGUUGUUUGUACAUUCAGCAUCAUGAUCCUGACUGCUAUCUACCUUAUCAUUACAUUCUUCAUGCUAAACGCUGGCACUCUAACGCCUUUAAACGAAAGAAGUGACACUUACACUUACCAAUUAAAUACAGUCAUGAAAUUUUCUAUAGUCUACAAUCUCGUCGUCUACCUUUGGCUCGUCCAGUUCUUCACUGGUAUCCAGUAUAUGGUUAUUGCUGGAGCAGUAUCAAAAUGGUACUUUGCCAGAGACAAAGGAUAUUUGGGCAACCCAAUCGGAACUGCAAUAUCAAUUGCCUUUAAAUUUCAUUUGGGUACAGUGGCUUUUGGGGCAAUGCUGAUAACUUUAGUGCAACUUAUUAAAUCCAUCAUUCUGGGUUUGAUUAAAAAUGAAAAAAUUAAAGUCUUUGUUCAGAGUUGUAUUGAGUCUAUUGAAAAGUUCUUUAAGUUUUUGUCCAAGAAUGCAUACAUCAUAACCGCUAUGCAUGGUCAAGCCUUUUUGAGGUCCGGAAAACGUGCCGCCAAAUUGAUUUUCCAGAACAUCGAUGACAUCAUCGCUGUUAAUUUCAUUGGCGAUUUUGUACUUGGAAUGGCCAAGUUAUUGAUUGUAGCUUUCACUCUGUUGAUAUCCUGGGCUAUUUUGACUAUUGCUCCUGGUAUACAAAUGCAAGCUGAGCACGGCAGUCUGAACUUCAUAGCUUAUAUCGUGAUUGGGUUAGUUUCCAUUUUGUCUGCCAGUAUAUCUUUUGGUGUCUUUGAGACAACCAUUGACACGCUUUUCAUGUGUUACUGCGAAGACAAUAUGCUCAACGACGGUAUGGCCAAGCCCUACUACAUGUCCAGGAACAUGAUGGAGUUUGUACAAGAAUCGAAAGUUAUUUAUGCCAAAAAGGCAUAAUAAUUACGAAAGCUAAUUUGUCAUAAAAUUGGUGAAAUAUUAUGACUACGAUUUUGUAUGCCUUUGUGUACUUAUUUUUUGCUUAUUAUUAUUUUUUUUUAAUUUUUGUGUAUAGUUGUGACAAUAUGGCCUAAUUUUCGUGUAAUUGUUCACUAUACUGCGCCUAUUUUCACAAAAAUAUUCAAAAAUGUAUGUAUUAGAGUUUCCAUUUUUGUUUGAAUCAAUUAUUAUUGAUCAGGUAGAAUAUAUUUAUGUUUUUCUAAAUAGUUCAUAAACGCUACCGAGUGGGUAAUAGUUUUGUAUGUUUUUUACGAAUUUGACAGUUUAUUUUUAUAGUACGUAGUUGUUCUGUUUAGAUGAUAGUUCUAUGUAAUGAUUAUUAUACAUAAUCCUAUGUAUUUUUGAUAUUUAACAUAUUUCACUUCAGUGUAUUUGAACUUAUUAUAUUCUGAGUGAGUUUUUGAGCGCUUCCUUGUUUAGCAUUCAAUGUUUAGAACCUUAUAGUAGCAAAAUUAUGCUGUACGAGUACAAUGUUUUUUCAGUUAUAAGACGUUAAACUCAGGGAAAUAUCAAUAAUUUUUUUUUUGUACUGAAACUACAAUGACCUAUGUUUACAGAAAGGUUUAGUCAAAGUAAAAACAUAUGUAUUUGGACUUUGGUGAAGUAAAUCUUUCUAUAUAGUUAUACCUGAAUCAGUUUUUAUCAAAACACAAUUAAGGACCUAGAAUUUUUAUACGUACCUUUCUUUGUUGCUACUAUGGGUUUGUGCCUAUUGUUAGGAGUGCUUUUGAGUGCGGUAAAUGAAUGAUAAUUCUAAAUCACCUGAACGCGUACAGAAACUCCCAAAAGCAUUUCCAGUAACCAUUAAAAAAAAUUAAAAUAAAGUUUUCUCAUAAUAUGUAA